AUGCAUAAACAAUUUGCAGAACAACAAAGAAAAAAACACUUAAUGUAUAGAAGAUAUGUACUGUAGAGGAAGAGGUAAAAGGAAAAGAAACAGGUAUAAGAAAAACAAAUGAGAUUAUUAUUAUUUUAGUCCCUAGUAUACGGUAAGUCAAGCUUCAAAACGCUAGAUCCUACAAUUCCCACAAUGUAACUCAAAUGUUAGUUUAAGUCUUCCAAACUUUAUGCCCUCUCUCUGUAUUACAGAUUUUCUGUCAGACAUUUGAAUUCUCAAGUCCAACCUGACCCUGAUGACAUGAUCAGGGACAUUUCCUUAGAUUUGGCAGAGCUCCUUCAGAGGUGAACACAGAACAGAGUAUAGAACUGUUUUUUCAGGCUGAGUUGUUCCCUUUGAUGAUCAAACUGGUCCUUAAUGUGUAAAACUGGGGAAGUGGGCAGGACUUGCUACACUGCAUGGAGGGUAUUAUAGGUGGGGCGUUGGCACAGUCAACAUCAAACUUUUGCUUUGGGGCUUUGUAACUGGUUAAUCGACCCAUCCAUCCUUCACAGAACAGAAAAUACAAGGAUCUCUGUCACAUGUAAAUGUAUUCACACCAUGUGUUGUAAUUAGCAGCAUCAGGAGCAUCUCUGCUACACUGCAAGUCAAAAUGUAUUUUAGUCAUUGUUACUUCUCUCGGAUGUUUGACCCUCACUGUGCUGAAUGAUGCAUGAGCAGAGUUUGACAGAGGCGGAUUGUUUUCAUGUUUUCACCUUCAUCUGCUAGAGGUGAAGAUUUUGUCUGAGCUCACUUUAAAUCUGAGUUCAAGGUGUGUACCUGCCAGCACCAUUUGUCACAUCACAAUCAGUCUGGAAGCAAAUCCUUGGCCCUGUUCUUCAAACGUGGUUUGGCUAACUCAAGCUAACAUGCUGUUGUCAGGCUAAAUAACAAUGUUAUUUCUCAUCCAGCUAGUUUGGUUCUUUGAAUGCAGUUUGAUGAUUUAUUUUUUAAUUAUUGGAUGAAGUUAACUGGAGUAACAGUGCACUCUAAUUUUGAAAUAAAGGCAAAAUGACUGAAGAGGUGAAACCAUGAUCAGCAUUCAUAUGACUGGCUGAGUGCUGAUAUUCCCAGCAUGCACUGGGGCAACAGAUUCAUGGACACAAGUCUCCUUUCAGGAGUGUUCCUGCAUUGUUACAGAUGUCCUUUGUUUCACAUUGUGCUCCACAAUGUUUCCACACAUUCGUCAUUAACCUUUAGCUAUUACCACUGAAUGUGGUCACACUCUCAAUAACGCUGGUGCAUGAUUGUGACGUUCUCCCUGAAGUGAUAUAAGUCUGCUAUGACAAUAAAACCUCAUGUAGAUCUCUUAAUAGACAGCUUUAAUCUCAUGAAUACUUUCUAGCGACGUUCUAGCAUUUUAAUGUCAAAUAAAAUGCUGUAUGUUCUGGCUCCAUUUUCAAUCGAGUCUAUGUUUAUUUGUUCCCAGCAUCUCAAGAUCUGGACUUUUUCAGAGAACAAACCUUUGUUUUAUAUUUUACAAUGUUUAAGUAUAGAAAAUUAAAUUGUGACAUCAACAGAUCCUAUGGUUCCUCAAUAACCUGCAUAUUCUUACCUAAAAUCAUAAUUAUAUCAACAUUCAUUAUAUCUCCAAGAAAGUGAGCCAUUUGUACAUGAAAAUUUGUUCAUAUAUGGGAUUCACCCUGCAAACCCCAACAAACUGGCAUAAACUGCACAUUUAAAAGUUUGGGCUUGUUGCUCUGACAACGGUACCAGAUGAAUUUUAAACCAGCUUUGAAGAACCAAAAAAAUCCAGACUCAUGUCAAAUUAUCAACAUUAUAAUCUGGAACUUGGUUACAUCGAUGUAUAAAGAACGAGGCACUGGUCCAGUGCAAUUUACACAAGUGUGAUGUGGAAACCAGGUCACAUACAGAGGGAGAGGGCCUUUAUCCAGUUGUUAAACUUUUGAAAAAUAAUAAAUACUUACAUUUUCAUAGAGUAUGGAUUUUGAACGAGAGGGCAGAGAGGUGCACAUAUCAUUUUAAGAAUCUUUAACCAUGCAAUUGAACUUUCUUUUUAAUGGAAAAACCACAUUAGACACCAAUUAUUAUUAUUCAAAGCAGACUAUUGUUAUAUAUCUGGUAGGGAAAACAAUAUAUCGCCAAGUGGUGAUCAGUGUAAGUUAAUCAGCUGUGUUGGGGUGACAAGGCCAGUCACCUGGCUUCCGUUUAGGAUUUGAUGUUGGAGUGUGAGCGCGUGCCAUUGUAGAAAAAUGCACAGUUCAGCAUUUUCAGACAGAGAGAGGCACCAGGUGAAAGCUGUCGGCUGAGAUGAAGCUGUUAGUCUGUGUGCGGAGGCACCCGGCACUCGCACACUUUAUAAAGGUCAUAAUAGUACUAAUAGUGUUGUUAUUAUCGCCUGUUGUGACAGAGGCGGGUUUAGGAUCGGGGCACGCACUGAUUGGCCACGGUGAUCCCCCCCUCGUGUCACGAUGGUUCCGUUUCGUGCGUAUGCGCAGGCGCAGCGACCCCUCUCUUCUGAUAUUUUAUUUACUCCCGAAACCCAAGAUGGCUCCUGUGAAUGUCUCGGUCCCAUAGCAGAUUGAGGAUGCAAGUAGCUGCCGAAAAAACAACUUUUCCCCGACCGUCGCAUCCCCUGGAGUUCAAUUCGUAUGGUGCGGAGGAGGCCUUGACAUCCGUCUAGGCACCGAGCAGCCGUCGGAGCUUCGCGAAACCUUCUUCAAUCCACCAAUUUGGAGUAGUUUCGCGAAGUAGCUCUUCUCCUCGCUGUCGCUGUCUGUCCGGAGCGAGGUUCAGGCAGGCAGCUCAUCCAAAUGGCCGAACCGAGAAAAGUGCAAUUUGUCACCCUCUCGGCCUUCGCAGCUGGAGCAGCCGCGGAGUCUAGGAAACGCCGGCUGGAGGAUGAGGCCGACUUCAGCUUCGUUAGAGCCGGGGAGGUCGAGGCAGCGACCGGGGCAGGAGGUGCUGCCAGCAACGGUCGUCUCGGUAAAACCGGCGACAGGGACAAGGCAGCAGCCGAGAAGAGGGCGACGGUGCGGCUCAACCUGCCUCUGUCCGAGCCCGACGACCGCUCCUCCGCCGAGUUUAAUUACGGCGAACUCAUUCAAAACCUCCAGGCAAAGAAUAAACCUCCAAGUCUGACUUCAGCCCCCAAUCCCAACAACCCCUUCGAUGAUGAGGAGAGAGAGCGGCUCCAGGUUGAGGCCCUGGCAAAAAAGUUUGAAAAUAAAUAUGGUAAUACAGGGAAGAAGAAGAAGAAAGACAGAAUGCAAGAUUUGAUUGAUAUAGGGUUUGGGUAUGAUGAGACAGACCCCUUUAUUGACAACUCAGAAGCUUAUGAUGAGCUGGUGCCUGCCUCUCUGACCACAAAGCUGGGGGGAUUUUACAUCAACACGGGCACACUGCAGUUCAGAGCAGCUUCUGACUCCGAGGGAGAGGAGGGCAAGAAGCCGAAUGACGAGAGGGGGCAGGUGAUUAAGAAGAGGAAAAAGAAAGAAGUGAACAAUGUGGAAGAGAAGAACCCGAAGAAGAACAGAGUACCUAAACAAGGAGUGACGGCGCUCAACCUCCAUCGGCCAGAGAAGAAGAAGAGGAAGAAGCUGAUGAAGGACUCGCUGUACCUGGCAGCCAUGCUCCGCCGCUUCACCCGGGAGAAGGAGGAAAUGAGGAAAAGAAACCCCAACGUGUCUCAACCCGGCCAGGCAGUAGGUGUGGCUAAUAAGCCCAACUCUGCCAACUCUACAAACCACCUGUUAGCCUCUAACUCCGCCCACCCGCCGGGCAACGCAGCCAGCAACGACGUCUCACUGGCAGACCUCACCUCGGACGCCGCUGUGAUGUCACUGCUGGGCUCAGCCAACGAGAAGGAGCUGCAGGAUCUCCUAGGUGACCUGGACUUCAGCUUGUUGGACACUGACCAGCAGCACGCCAUGGCGACGGCCAGAGAGAACGGCAUCCUGGGAGUCGGUGUUCCGACUCAUAAAGCAGCAGGAGGAGGGACCCAAGGGCGAGGCCUUGGGUCUUCCAGCGGACUGUUUUCUCCACCCCCGCUGCCUGAUGGACUGCCUGCUCCUCUUAUUAAACGCAUCGAGGACCUGCGGGCGGCCUCGCGGCAGUUUGAUCAGGAGGGCAGGAAGAAAUUUUUCACCCUGGACAUGAAUAACAUUCUCCUGGAUAUUGAGUUGCAGGUCCAGGAGCAGCCUCCUGAGGCGCGUUCAGACAUCUACUCGCACAUGGAGGCAUUUGUGCCAUGCAACAAAGAGGCCCUCCUCAAACGCCUGAAGAAGCUCAGCCUCAACAUCCAGGACGACCGACUAAGGACGCCACUGUUGAAGCUGAAGCUUGCUGUGUGCAGUGUGAUGCCAGAGCAGAUAGCAAGAUAUAACAUGGACUGCAUGGCCAAGGUUGCAAAGCAGCAGUCAGAGGAGGGCGAUAAGAACGGCUCAGAGGAAGAGGAUGAGGAGAAACCUGGGAAAAGGGUGAUGGGCCCGCGAAAGAAGUUUGUCUGGGAUGACAAGCUCAGGAACCUGCUGUGCAGCUUGGUGCGAGUGAAGCUGAGCUGCUACGACAUGGAGAAGCAGUGCUCUCUGUCUGUGGAGGACUACCUCAAGGCCUUCUUAGAGAAUGAGGUCAAACCACUAUGGCCCAAGGGCUGGAUGCAGGCCAGGAUUCUGUUCAAAGAGAGUCUGGCCGUUCACAGUCACCUCACUGGAAAUCUAGUCAAAAGGAGAAUGGUGCCUGGGCCCAAGGCCAAAGCCAAGGAGGGUCCGUGGAUCCACAAACCACCUCUCACCAUGAUCUCCACACCAUCUCUGCCCACCUCCACAUCUGCUGUGACCGCCAACCGCCAGCCCCCCUCCUCCUCGCCAUCGGAGCCCAUCUGUCUGUCGGAUUCUCUGGAUGAAGAUCUGACUGCACCCUCUCUGGACUCCAUCUCCCACGCUCUGGCCCUCCUCAGCAAUGCGUCCAAGGGUCUUGGGCCCUCAGACAGCCCCUUGUCGCCCCCGCCCCUGCAAAUCCCCACUUCCUCUCCUCCUCCCGUCGCCCCUCACUAUCCCUCAGCGUCUCAGCUCUCUGCCUCUGUCACUUCCACAACGCAGCAUCAUUCCCUGUCUAAGGUGGAGACUGUUCCGCUGACAGCUGCUGGGAACUUGCCAACAACGAUAACAACGCUACCAACCUCCUCUUCUACCUCCUCUUCCUCGUCUCCGGCUGUCUCCUCCAUGGCUCGUGUGCAGGCAGCAGGCUUGUCGUUGGCCUCCAGAACUGCAAAUGGCCCCUAUGGCUCGAUCAAAGGAUCUGGUACUGUGGUCCAAACCCAGAAUCAGAGACACAUUACCAUGGCAUCAUCCAAUCAUAGGCCAAGCCCGGUAAUGGUCGGGAGUAGCAAGAUGCAUCCACACCCCUCCCCAUCGCCUCCAAAGCAACGACCACCUCCCACGGCUUCCCCUCUGCUGCCCCCCCACCAGAAGGGCUUUGUUGGCCCAGCGGGGAUACUGGGAACUAUGGGAGCCCCUCAAGGACUAGCCAAGAGCAGUGCCAAAGCCAGCGGCAUCAGCAGCAAUGGCAGCGCUGUGAGCAUCACACCUUCUUCCUCGCCUUCCCCCCAGUCCCGCUCCAACUCUACCUCCCACCCCGGUCUGCAGUCCUUCUGCCCUCCCUCCCCGGUGGCGUCCUCGCCAUCCCCCACCUCCCACACCUCACACUCCUCACAAGGUAAAUCCCACACACACCACCACCACCAGGCCAACUUCAUCACGCCCAUGCAGGCCACCCUCACCAAGUCCUCCCACAGCAGCAAUUCCUCUCCCAUCAUCAAGCUCACCCCUCGGCCUCCUGCACCCACUCCGCCUCCCUCCUCCUCUCCCUCUCCUUCCUCCUCACCUUCACACCCGCUCUCCCUUCAGAUGAUCCCCAGCCAACAGCAACAACACCAGUACUCCCCCAAAACCCCCAAAACCUUCAGGCCCCCCUUCAGUGUAUCGGGCGGUGGGCAGGUGAAGCAGACGCAGGGCAGUUGCAUCUUCACUGGAGGCCACAAACCUCAGUCCACCACAAGCAACAGUAGCAUCAACAACUCCAACAACAAGGGAGUGGUAUCAGCUGUCUGCAGUCACCCAGACAAAUCUCCCUCGUCUUCUUCACCUUCAGUCUCAGCCAAUCACGGGCAGAGGCAGAGGGUGGUGGGUGGGUCCAACCAGGGCUCAAAGGCAGGAAACGGUUGGGCGCCUUCAGGAACUCUGGCCACGUCCUCCACAACGUCACACCUCUCACAGGUAUCAACAGCAGGCUCUCCCCUCCUGGGCAGCCCCUCUGCUCUGCCCCUGGGUUUCGGGAUGUUGGGAGGCCUGGUGCCCGUCUCACUACCCUUCCAGUUCCCCCACUUGCUCAAUUUCAGCCCUCCUGGAGCCCCAGGGGCCGCUGGCAUGGGCUCAGCCCCCAGCUCCAACUCAGGAUACCCCCUAGCACAGAGCGACCUAAUUGAUCUGUAUAAGAGUCUCCAGUCAGGGUCGCAGGCUGCCCUACCUCCUCACUUGCAGCUUGCUUUCUCAGAUGCGAACCAAAGCCAGGGUGGAGACAUGAAGAGGAAAUCCCACUGACCAAUAACAGCGCAAGAGAGACGGACAGCAGUGGGGUGACAUCACAGCCUCCUGGACACAUCCACCAAUAGGAUUCUUCACUUUGAUUGAUGUUGGUGUGGUAUGAGAGGGCGGGGCUCCACUGCCUCUUUUAAAACGGACCUAAAGGAGAAUCAGUUUAUCCUCGCUACAAAUGGCAAUGAUAAAUUAAUUUAACUGUAUUUUCUAAUGAACCGGGUAUGAGAACAAGACGGAGUGAAUGAUGAGAACACUUAUUUUUGUUCAGCUUAUUUUUAUUUUUGUCAACAUGUUUACAUAUGACCGACCUUGAUCACUGUGGAAUGAGUGUGAGCGAGGUGGUGGCGGCGGUACAGAUGAGAGUAGUAGUACGCUACGUAAUAUAAUUUGUAUUUAAGCUUAUGUGGAAUAACAGGACUCUUGUUCUUGCAGUACAAAAAGAAAAAAAAACAGACUGAGUAAUGAAUUUUUAUUUUUCUGUCUUUUGUCUCAGAUGUGGGAAUCGUGUCCGUAGAAAUUUUAUUGUUGGUCACCUCUGCUCCCACAAAUGACUGUUAAGUAGUAGCUUAAAUUAAUAUUAAUAAAUUAUUUGUAAUUUACACAGGGACAACAACAUGUUAUGGUGAGUGUGUGUGUGAGUGAAUGAGUGUAUGUGUGAGAGAGAGAGAGAGAGAGAGAGAGAGAGAGAGAGAGAGAGAGUGCUGAGGUUGAUUUGAAUGUGUGUAUGUACAUAAAAAACACAAUAUACUGUUAAUUUCUUUCCAGAUUAUUCUGUAUGAAUGAGUAAGGACGUGUAUCCCCUUUUAACAAUAAUGAGCGAGUGUAAGUUUGAUGCCCCUCUCUUGCUCAGUGUGUUUUUGGUGCUGUUUAAUCACACUGGACCUUUUCUGGAAAAAAGACUUGAAUUGAAAAAGUUUCGGGCUCCUCUUCUGGAGAGAGGAGCUGCCUGUGAGAGAGGGGGGAAACGUCAAGAAGUAGCCUACUUGAAUUGUUUUUUGUUUUUUUUUGUUCUUUUGUGAGUUAAGAUUUUUUAUUUACUUUCUCUGCUUAUUGACUCAAACCAACUUAAUAUAACACAACGCCUUAGUUUGUAUUGAAAAAGUAUGAAAAAGAUCUAUGCAGGACUGUAAAACGCUCAAUGCAAAAGUGCAAGUUGUCGCUUGGCUUUCAACCUCUACUCAACUGGUCAGUGCAUUUCUGGAGUUGUGAAUGUUUGUAGAUGUUAUUAUGUCACUUGAGACUCCUUCAUUUCUGGUGUGUGUUCAGACCGAACGUGAAGGGGAUUUGAGAAGCGGAGAGUUUGCAAACAAGUUCGUUGCAAAGAUGUGAUUAGGUACAAGGCACAAAUUGGCACGAAGAUGGUGUCUGUCAGGUGAAAAUGUUUCCGCUUAAGCAAAUAAGUUUUGCUCAUGCCACAUUCACAAGGCAGUGCCGCUUUCACGCAAUGUUAACAGAAUGGGAAGAACAGAAAAAAGAAACAAAAAGUUGGAAGUGUUCACGCAUUAUUCCAAGAUUCCCAUGUCAAUGACUUGCAAGCUAACAACUCGCUGUAUCAUUACAGAAGUGGUUGUGUGGGAGUUAAAAUGACUGCACUGAGAAUGUAGCCACAUAUCCAUUUAAUGUGGCUUAAUUACACUGAGCAGUCUUUGGAUGAUGUUAGGCAACCACAUCUGUUCGGUUUCAGGUUUUUCCAUAGUAGUAAGUGCCAAGUCGGAUAUGUUGGAGCUUUCAGAAAAAUAUAAGUUAUAAGUUAUUAUGACUUGGAGGUUGACAUUGUAAUUACAAGUUUCUGACUUGUAAACAGCAAUAACUCUGACACAACAUUAACAUGGCAUUAGCCCCAAUGCUAGCCUUGUAUUCACACCAGAUAAAUUAGCUUGUUUUGUUUUCUCUCAGUUGUUACCAAGUAAAAAACUAAUACAGACAGGGUACAGCGACUAUAAAAUUAGCUGAAUUGAUUGUAUUAGUGUUAGUAUUGGAUUGUAUUUGUAGCCAUUCGCCAAUAGUUUGUUGAUAUGUCUGUAAUGUUUGUUUUCACCAAGUGGGAAAGUUCAUCAGUAUCAGAAAUUCAUAUUGCCAAGUGAGAAAAACUGUUCAGCCUUCAUAGUUUGAGACGUCAGCAAAUGUGUGACGUUGACGAUGCCACUAACUUUAUAGGAGCUACACACUUUUUGUUUGUAUCUGGUUAUUACUUGGUAAUGAACUGCUACAAAAACGCAACAAAAGUAGCAAAUGUAACGUUGAGGGCAGUUUAAGGCUAAAGAGAAGAAAAGAGACACUGGAGAGAAAUAACAAGAACUGGUGUUUCUGGUGAGCCUGCACGCAAAAAAAUUCCCUUCGCUGUCAGUCUGAACCCCGUGAUAGAGAUACCUUCCCUCUGCUGAAUACCUCCGUUAACAAAAUCGUUCUUCCUGAGUCUCGCUGUCCUCCCCCCGACUACUUCCCCGCCCUCCUCCAUGUGUGUCUGACUGACCGGCAGCACCAAGAACGACGCCAAAGAUUGCUCCUGUAGUCCUUUUUUUAGAUGGGGUGUUGCUGGUCAGUGUGUGUGAUUGAUCUGACAUCUUCCCUAAAACUGUAAACCCAUGAGUGUCAUUGUGAAGUCAUGUGACUGGAGCAGUGGGUGACAUCUUAUAAAUUGUGCUUUCUUUGGGGGUGGGGGGAGGAUAAAAAUGACAUUUCGUGGUUAACUGGUUACUAUAAUUUGGUCUUUUGUAGAUUAUUUUUGUGUGUCAAUUAUGAAAUUAAACAAAACAGGUGGUUUUCA